UGAAAACAACCGUUAAGGAAUAUUCCCGAUUCCGCUUCAUACUAUUACAGUAUUUUGGGGAAAAUAUCAACAAGACUUUGUGUUUUUCUCUGUUUACGUUUCUUGAACCGUAUUUUCCACAGGAGAAGACAGUGAUGGCGAUGACGUCGCUGUGAAUUGAAAUGAAAGGGGAAGUGAAAGUUAAGGCAGCUGGGUUUGAGAGAAGCCCAAACAAGCGAAGGUUCAACCGAAAGCAAACUUUUGAAGUCGUUUAAAAAGUGAAGCAUCCUGAUAUUCUUCAUCUCUUGGCCUGAACAACAUGAUGUCAUCAGACAAUCAGUUCUUCAUCUUAACAAGAAAACCUGAAUACCCAAGACACAUCAAUGUUGGCUCUAUAUGCUCCAAGAGGGACAAACACCAUGAAGCAGCACACAAAAAAACAUCUUCUCCCUCCAAGCUGAAAGUCAUCUUCUUGGGCUCACAGUCAUUCUUGGAUUAUGAUGUGGAGGCGAGCAACUUGGACGAGUUGAGUGAGCAGGAGGCCAGCCUGCUGCAGGCUCUGUCUGAGGACGCAGAGAGGCUGAAGUGGUUCAGAGAGAGAAAUGCUCUUCAGGUAGCACAGACACUCACAGAGGGCACUCCAGUGAUCGUGGAAGAUGAUGGAGAGGAGCUCAGAGGCAUCAUCCGCUACAUUGGAAGACUUACAAAGCCAGUGUAUCCCAGCCCAUUGUCAGGAACCUUCUUUGGCAUUGAGCUGCAGGGAGCAGACAAAGGAAAGGGAAAAACUGAUGGAACCUACCAGUAUGAAGCACUCUUCUCCUGCCCAAAGAAAUGCGGUAUUUUCGCACCGUUCUCCAGAGUCAGGCCGUUGGUUCCCAGCUCCUUAUCAACGUCCGUCCCUCAGUCCUCCUCUCUGCCAGAAACAGAGGAGCUCAACACAGGGGAUAGGGUCACUGUCUUCGUCCAUGACAAAAGCUGCCAUGGGAUGGUGUUGAACAUGCAGGAAAAGGGCGGAGCAUGUAUAGUUCGGAUUUCCACAGACACAGAUGAGAACGGACAGCGAGGGGGUGAAAUUGAAGUUCCCAUAGAGUGUGUUGCAAAGGGGGAGGUGCCUGCAGAGCCAGACAUCAUGGAUGUUGACAUGCCCCCAGAGGAAGCACACGCAGUGGAAGAGGAUCUGUACACGGAUCUGAGCUUGAACUCUCUGGUGGAAGUGGCGGUGACCUCUGGGAAAUUAUAUGGGAUCAUCCGCUGGAUCGGUACUCUAUCUGAGUUGUCGGAAACCGCAGCCGGACUAGAGCUGGAGGACGAUAGAGGAGUCAGUGAUGGUACCUUCAAGGGUGAGCGUUUCUUCACAUGUCCCCUCAGGAGAGCUCUGUUUGUGAAACUUAGCUCCUGCCAACCUGACUCCCGAUUUCAGAGCUCAUCAGCCAAUCAAAGCAAGAGGAGUCCGAUUUGGGAGGAAAAAGAGUCUGAGAUUGAGCAUGAUUCAGGGAUGCUGGAGCCCGUCCCUCCUGUCAGCACAGAGCAGGUUGACAGGAUUCUGAUUGGACGAAUGAAGGGGAUCCAAGGCCACUGCAACUCUUGCUACAUGGAUGCUGCCCUCUUCAGCUUGUUCUCCUGCUCCUCUGUACUGGACUCCAUGCUGUUUAUAUCAACAAAACCUCAAGAUGCCCCAAUUCAGAGAACACUGCUUCAUGACAUUGUGAAUCCCCUUCGCAAGAGGGGCUUUGUGAAGGGUGAGCACAUCAUGAAACUGAGGCAACAGUUGCAGAAACACGGCUACAGUCACUCCUUCACGACAGAUGAAAAAGAUCCAGAGGAGUUCCUCACGGUCAUCAUGCACCAAAUUCUUGCUCUGGAUCCUCUGCUCAAACUCUCAGCCGGUAGUAAAGUGCAGGACAGUUACUGCUAUCAGAUUUUCUUGGAUCACAACCACAGCCUGGUUCUGCCAACUGUCCAGCAGCUGCUGGAGCAUUCCUUUCACAGUUCAGGACUAAAGCUGGCAGAGGCCCCGUCCUGCCUCAUUCUCCAAAUGCCUCGCUUUGGAAAAAAAUUCAAAAUGUUCGACAAGAUCAUUCCCUCCCUGGAGCUGGACAUCACUGACCUCCUCUCUGAAGGUCCUCAGCAGUGCAUGCUGUGUGGACACUUGGCUCAGGAGGAGUGCAACGACUGUUUUGAAGAUCCUAUUUUCAGCCAGACAGGACUGAAAAUGUUCUGCAGGACAUGUUCCAAUCAGGUUCAUGCUCAUCCUCAACGUCAGUCCCAUAAACCAGCUGAUCUGGACAUCCCUAAGGAUUACCUGAGUCGAGGCGCACCUCACACUCUGACCAGAGACAAACUGGAGCUGUUCGCUGUGCUCUGCAUCGAGACGAGCCACUACGUGUCCUUCAUCAAACACGGACCAAACAACCAAGACUGGAUCUUCUUUGACAGCAUGGCAGACAGAGAGGGAGAGAUAGACGGUUUCAACAUCCCUGAGGUUCAGGCCUGCCCUGAGGUCGGGAUGUACCUGGAAAUGUCUCCUGCAGAGCUGGCCAGUCAGGUACCCCGAGACAUGAAGGGUGUGGCCAAACGUCUGUUUUGUGACGCCUACAUGUACCUGUAUCAAAACACCAGCAUGUGUCUCUAUCGUUGAGGGGGCUCUGGGGAACAGGAACAACCCGUAUCGUACUCUUUAGUACUGCUUCUGCUGCUCUUAUUAUUCCUUCUAGCUUUGUGAGUUUGCUCAUCUGGUGUAAAUAUCUGGAAGUUUACACAUGGACAUUAAAAACAUGUUGAACUUUAUUAAUUGUACGCCCUGGUGCUGGGAAAUAUUAUCCAGCUUCUCUAAUUUAUAACUACAUUCUUUUGAAAUGUUGAAGGAAGCAAAGCAAAGACAGACAUUUCUUGCUGAAUGAUUUUGCACUAUACGAAAACGGAGAUUGACAAUCGCUGACACGUUUUGGCAUAUUUUUGGUGUUGCGAACUGACAUGUUGCACUGUGAUAUGAUUAUUCUCAAGGUUGGUGUUUGAUUAUCUGUAAAAUGUAUAUUUACAGCUUUUGAAUUGAGAAUGAAUUGUAUUAAGUCAGAAAAAAUACAUUUAAGAAGACAGUAAAUUUCAGAGUGGCCGUCUUUGAUAAAUGUCACCCUUGAGGACAUUUGUAAGUCCACUGAAUGACAUUAUCACCAUUAUAUCAUAUGGCUUUCAGACUAAUGAUUAAUGUAGGAUGGUGACUGGACCUGUUUUGUUGUAUAUUAAAGGAACAUUUUGAAGAUUUUUUUAAAAUGUAUUUGUAUAUUUAACAAAUGUUCUGGUUUUUGGUAUGAAAAUAUUGCUGCUUCUCACAAACGCUCCCUGAUGAAAUGUUUGGGAUGACAGUAAAUGAACUGCAAGUGCAGAAACUUCACUGUAAGCACUUCAUAGGGGUCCUGGCUGAUCUCAAGGCCUUUCACCUUUUUUUCCUGCAAGGUCAUAACUACAGGUUAAGAUGCUCUGACCUUAUUUUUGAUGAAAAAUAAUCAAAAGAAGUAAUAAAAACAACUUUUCUACUUGGA